AGGUCCUAUUGCGGUGCACGCGGCGGGGCAUGAGCCCAAAAGCAGGUUUGUAGCAGAGCGGCUGAGCGCCGAUGAGAUGAGCGCGAGCCACCGAUUAGUCCCGCGGCCGGAAGCCACCGGCCACCACAGCUUGUUGGUGACCCUCGCGCGCCACGGCCGCCUCGCCGCCGCCGCCACCCUCUUCUCCACCGCCCUCCGCACCACCCGCGCCCUCAACUCCCUCCUCGCCGCACUCUGCUCCUCCUCCUCCUCCCCGGCGUUCCUCCGCGUCGCCCCGUUCGUCCUCCUCCGCGCCGCACCCCACGCCUCCCCCGACGCCGCCACCUUCCGCAUCCUCACCUCCGCGCUCUGCCGCGCUCGCCGGCCCUCCGCCGCCGCCGACGUCCUGAGCUGCAUGCCCGCCCUCCUCCUCGACCCCGACGAGCACCACUGCCGCGCGGUCCUCGCCUCCCUGUGCCGGUGCGGCCCCGCUCGGGACGCGCUGGCGUUCUUGGACGACAUGCGACGGUGGGGCGUCUCACCGAGCAGGUCGGACCACCGCGCCGUCCUCGACGCGCUCCUGCGGGAGGGGAUGGCGGCCGAGGCGUACGAGGCAGUGGUGAAGCAGAUGGACGCCGACGGGGUCGCUCCGGGGCUCCCGGAGUUCGAGCGCAUACUGCGAGCAUUCAGCGACGGCGGAGCAUUCGACGCCGUCGAGGAGGUGUUCGACGAAAUGCUCCUUCGGGGGCUUGUGCCGGACGUGGGCGUCUACAAUGUCUACGUGGGCGCGCUGUGCGACAAGGGCGACCUGGCGGGCGCACGCCGGAUGGUGGAGUGCAUGGAGCGCGUCGGCUGCCCGCCGGACGUCAGGACUUUCACUGUCGUGGUCGCAGGGUGCGUGUCUGCUGGUGACACGGACGCCGCCAGGGAGGCCGCGCGGGAGGCGAUAAGGCGGGGUCUGCGGUGGGAUGCACCGGCGCUGUCGGAGCUGAUAGGCGUGCUGCGUGCCGGCGGCCAUGUCACGCAGGUGCGUGCGCUGCUGUUGGAAAUCAUGCGUGACGGAUGCGCUGCACCGUUGGACGCGUCGGUGUUCGGGCAGCUGAUAGGAGUAGCGUUGUGUGACAACGAGGAGGGUCUAUGUGCGGAGGCUGCCGGAGUGAUGGUAGCAACCUGACGGGAGGCUUUGCUUGUGGUAGACAGCCGAUCCCUGUGCACAGACCCUCCGUGUCGUCACACAAAGCUACUCCUAUCAGCUGCCCAAACGCCGUCGAGUCCAAUGGGCAGCCCAUUGAUAAAAGAAAAAAAAGAUAAAUACUAGGGUUAGGAAAUAAAAGAGGGUUUGGGGAUAGAGGGACUUGAACCCUCACGACAUAUAAAGUCGACGGUUUUUCCUUUUACUAGAAAUUUUAUUGUUGUCAGUAUUGACAUGUAGAAUGAGACUCUCUUUAUUCUCAUCCGAUUAAUCCACUUUUUAAAAGAUGUCAAAAACAUUGAAUUGAAGGAUUUGAUUACUCAAUAUUCGAUUGGAAUGGAUUCACAACAAUUCUUAAAAAAUUCAGAAUUUUCUAUUCCAUAAUCAUUCCUAAUUACAUUCUAAAUUACAUUCUAAAAGAAGUAAAUAAAGAACCUAUAUUAUGAUAUGGGUUCUGUGAUUAAUCGUUUGCAGCAGAUGAUUGAAGUGUUCAGCCUUGAAGGAGAACAGUUGACGAUAAUAUGCUACCAACCAUCUUUUAUGGGCCAAAGAACAGGCAGUGUAAAUUGCCUUUCUUUUCACCCAUACAAAUCACUCUUGGCCGCUGGUGCUGGUGAUAAUGCUCUUGUCUCUAUCUAUGUGGAGGAAAAUUACAAGUAAGAUGAGAUCUACAUCGCGUGACAUGCAACCACAGUGCAACCGGUGGGCCUUAUGCUCGGCCAAAUGAUGGCUCCACGCCAUGGUCCAACUACAUCAUCCAAGAUGAUGUGAAGCCUGGUCACCGGCAUGGCGAUGAUGGCACCGUGGCUUUCGGUGCAGAUUGCCUAUUGGAUGACGUGUGCAGUUUGUAAGAUAGAGCACAAUGUUCAUUAGCCUCCUUGCAGAAGGUUGUCAAACCCCACCCUUAUCCUGUCAUUGAAUUUGGAGGUUUCCCUCAAAUAAUCAUAUCUAGGUUAACCAAAAUGCAUAGUCACCUCAUCCGGAUUGUCAUUUGCCGAUGUCCUUCCUUCCAAGUGUAAAAAGGCUUCAUAUCAUAAAUCAAGUUUGGUAGGGGCUACCCGGGCAAGUGGUUGUGCGUAUGGGCCCAGGUAGAAUUCAUGCACAUGUCUCUCUCACAGAUGCUCUAUAGUUGCAUUUGUCCAGCUAAUAUAGAAGUAGAUGGGGUUAGCAUGGCCUGCAUGAAUCAAUGUCCUCCACUCAUGUAUUAUAAUCAUUGGACAGAUUUCCAUUUGUAUAUAUGAAUCGUGUUUGUACAGUUGUCAGCUAUCAUGAUGUAAUGUGUGCAAGGAUGUUUUUUUCCUUGGGUAUAGUUUUCAUCCCAGAAGUGAAAGGAAAAAGAAACAUGAGCGAGCUGUUGAAGGCUUGCGGUCUGUGGUGUCUAUCUAUGUAACUACUUUCCUGAGAUGAAGAUGCCUUGAUACUGGAGGUGUAUUAAUGGAGGAGGAUGUGCAUCUGUGAGUGAUUAUCUUCCCAGUGGCGAUCUGCUUGGCACGGAGAUUGAAGCUAUACAAGACAGCUCGUGCGUGUUCGGUGAAUUCAGAACUUGGAGGAGUCAUGGGGAAACCAUGGAAAGUUGGUCGACCUUCAGGGGCUGUUAGACGGAGCUCCAGUUCUAAGAAUCUUGGAGCAAUAUAUUUAUAACUUUAGAAAUUUGUAGAGCUAGAGCUAAGUAUACAUUUGGAAUGUUUGAGUGACUCUAUUUUAUUACAUUCUAGACUAAAAAAGUAUAUUUAAAUCA